CACUUUAAAAACCUUUCCUGACUGUGAGUCACCGCCACCCGCAACACGGGGUACUGUUGAAGUCUUGAACUUGGAUUUAUCACCUCCACCUCCAAAGCUGUAUUUAGAGGACGAAUUAAGCGACGGUACUGAGAAAGAAAAUGAACACCUAUUAGUCUAUCCCCAUACAUCCAA